AAUAUCGGUAACCCUUUUGAAUAGACAAAAUACGGCUAUUAUUAUAGAGACAUCGAUUUUACAAAAUUUAGUUAAAAGCAAAAGACAAGUUAUAUUGUAAGUAAUGACAAGAACGGAAUUCUUUUCGCUACGCUAAUGACACGCCAACAUGGGAAGUAUGAUUUCGGAAACAUGCCGAAAGGUCGUAAAUUUUUUGAUUCUGUUCUUGUUAUUUGUCUCCGUGCCAAAGUGUACAGGAUUCUUUGUAACGAAGUUUGUUGUUUGUGACAUUGCCUAUCUGAAUAGCAAAAUAUGUCGUGUCUAACUUCGUAACAGAAAUCACAAAUGCUUUCUUCUCUACAUCACUAUGGCAAUUCUGAGGACCGACUGCUGUGUAGCAACAGCUUUAUAAUAACUAAAACGUUUUAUUGACGAUAGAAUAUUUAUCUAAUCUAUUAUCUUUAGUUUAUUAUAAACACAAUAGAGGCAAGUCGACAAUUAGACAGACAAAUAAUUAGACAGACAAAUAAUUCACUUCAAGCUAAUCAAAAGGAUGAUGCAUACACAAUGAAAAGUUGUUUUAACAGAUAAUAUUGAAAGCUGUCUGUGGUUGGAGUACUUUUUGCUUAUUUAAAAGACUACCAUAUGAAUCAUUAGCGAAGUAUAUCAACGAGGAUGUUGACGAAAUAUUAGACGUUGGUCACGUAAGAGACAGUUUUCUGGUUUCGUGUAUGUCAGAUAAGGAUGAGUUAUGGUAUGCAGCGGACAGCUACAAUAUAAACCCACGCCCUUCAUGCAUAAUGUACGAUUUUGAUGCGUCACUAAUACCUGAAGCGAUGCAAAUUCCUAAUUUUGAAAGUUACCCAGUCAGUGUUGAACAUAUUGAUGGAAUAUGGAAAUAACUUUGUUGUAAGUAAUAAAAUUUUUUAUAAUAUGCAUUGUAUAUGUUUUAUUUCUGACAUCUACUUAAUAACCGCUGCUUGUACUAGGGAGAACCUCGAUCACAAUAUCGCUGCUUAGAAUCAGAUAUGGAAGCAAGUGUAACUAACUGCUCAGAAGAUAUAUACGAGAAUGUCCUCUUAUCACCACCUCUUUCUGAUUGCACAGAUUCUGGAUUGCAACCGGCUCAAUCCGUCCAGGAAUCAUUUAAAACUUUUACUAAUAAAAAGGUACGGUAACAUUUGCGACAUAUUUGGUAAAUAAUGAUCAGAAUUCACUUCAUUCAAUUAUGGCUGACGAUAAUGGUGUGUACAAAAAUAUUGGAACCCCCACCAAUUAUUUCUUCUAUACCGAUGGCGAUUGUCGAAAAGCACAUUGUGAGGAGCAGCAAUGGUUUAUUAAAAAAAGAGUGGGCAAGAAGUACACCAAUGAAGCUGUAGAGAAGGAGAAAAUAUUCGCUUUGGUUCGAACAUAUCGUGGUCACUCAGUUUAAAAGAGCUUUACAAACACGAUAUGCCGCAUAAAAAGCAUUACAACUGAAAAAUUUAUGAAAUAUUGCCUCGCUAUCAACGCGUGGUCUGACGAAGAAUCGACAGACUUUUGUAUAGCAUGUCAUUGUAAUGCAAAACGGAAAACUGCAAGGCCGACACCAUUAAUCCGAACAGAGAAAAGGGUUCUAAAGCUAAUGGAAGACGAUUUGCAAAAGGGAAAUAGACCAGAAAGUACUUAUGAUCAAGGCAUCGACAAUUCUGGAGGACCAUUUCGAUGUUCUUCGCAAUCCACGCAGCCACGAAAUCAAAAACAGGUGUAUAACAUACAGCAGAGCAUUGGCAGAAUUUGUUGUACGAAUAAUCAGACAGAUAAUGAAGAUGAGCUUAAGGUUGUUGGGGAAAUGAGGCGGGAAGAACAAAAAUUUAUUCGCAACGUAGUGUUCAUACCAGACGAAUAUAUUGUCACCGCUUUCGAUGACCAACAGUUGAACGACAUCGAGAAACUGUGCGUAGAUCAAAACAAAUUAAUUGUGAUGGAUACCACAUUCAAUGUGUGUGAUAUGUGGCUUACAGAUGUUGGCUAUCAAAACUUCCGACUUGUAAACGACAAAGGUAGUCAUCCUUGGUUUUAUGGUCCCGUCCUUUUGCAUAUGAGAAAAACACCCGAAACAUUUUCACGUUUUGCAACUCCUAUUUUACAAAAACCGUUAAAAUUCCAGCAUUGUUAUUUGCCCAAAGAUUUAGGGUCAAUGCGGUUUAUUAAAUCGCGCCCCUGACGGUACCAAAUUAAUAAAUUAGUGCAUGAUUUUGUUACACGUGUUAAACCCUAAUUCCACCGACCAUCAUGACAGAGGAGCAGGGCAGAGGAGACUGGGAGUUAGACUGGCUAAAUCACUGCUGCGGUAUAUUAGCAUUUCAUCCACAGAAAUAAAGGAGGUUUUAAUACAAAAGGAGGGAAUAUUAGAGAUCAUUUUUUCAUCAAAGCAUUGAAAUUGCUAUGCUACUGCUGGAUUUACUAGAGAGGCGGAACAACGCUUACGCGCAAUUUUUAUACUGACUAUGUACAGGUCUGAAAAAGUACCUUAAAAAGAGCAUAUGAUAUAUGAUUUUCACACUUGAUAUUGUUGACUAAAGAAAAUUCUUUACUAUCAAUUAUAUUACUCUGUAGUAAAUGAAUAUCGAAAACACAAUUUCCAGUGCAACAUACGUGGUUGACUAAAAAUUUUAAAAUGGGUUAAAUUUCUAUGUAUUUAAUUCGAAAUCUUUACGUCAUUCUCACUGUACUUAAGUUUUGCCGCCUAGACAUCGAAAAAGCGAGUCCAGCGGCGCAGUUUGCGCAUGACAUUUAAAACCGGUUGGGAUAUUCUCGCUGAUUCUGGCUGAUUCUGGGUUGUUUCUGGGUGGUUCUGGCUGAUUCUGGGUGGUUCUGGGUGAUUUUGAGUGGUUCUGGGUAGUUUCAUAGUUUAGUAAUACCGCUUCUAAGGCCAAUGUACCAUCCUGAGAAAAUUUAACAUCAAAAGGUCCUAUUUUUGGCCAGUGAUUAUGUUCCACCGGCAUACUUCACAUAUCGUAGCCAAGUACAAAUGGCAUUUUUGGAAUUAUUACCCUGCACGUAUAUAAUAAACCAUCUUUAACUUAACCUAUUAUUUAUAUCGUUUAAUGAUAUCAAAUACUGUCCCUUUUACAAAAUAAGAUUUUGCAAAAUCUCCGAAUAUUAUUUUUCAGCACAAAGAGGGUUUCUUGUCUUGGUGGCAGUUUAUGUAAUUAAGAACAACAUGGCAAAAGUUUACAUUUUAGAACUGGUAGAAAUUUUUUUAUUCUCAGGUCUCAGUUAUGAUCAUUUUAAAAGAGAAAACAUUCUUAAUAUUUUAGAUUUUAACAGAGUCUGACUGUAUGUAGCUAUAGUCAUUUUAUUAUAAAACAUCAGACGUUUUACUAAUAGGGGCAGUUCACUUAGAAUAUAAACUUGAAAAAUGCAUGAUUCCAUAAAUUUGGACACUGAAUUCAAAUAUUGGUCAUUUUGGUUGAAAAACAUCAGAAAAUGUCAAGCAUGUUAACCCAGAUCCAAGAAUAACCCAUAAAUUUAGCAUUAGAACCUGUCCUUCUUAGUUUUGAAGUUAAAAAUAAGACAAUUUGUUGCACAGAAACUAGAUUGCCCAGCUCUUCUCAUACAAUUCCUAACGUGUUCUCAACAAAAUCACCCACCUGGAAAAUAAUAGCCAUUGAAUAUGUCGCUUAUAAAUAUGUGGUUGCGUAAAGCUGUCUCCAGGAUGUCACGAGCUAGCUAGGUACCUAUAUAUAGUACAUAGUCCAGCUAGCUAGUUCAAAAAAUGAAUCCAGUUGCAACUGGCUAGUUGAAGAAAUACGAACCAGAAAGAAGGAUCAUGCGAUGUCUUGUAUAGUGAGAGAGGACCAUCAUGUAUCGAGAAUGAUCAGAUAAUAGGCAAAAAGGUUUUGCUUGUUCGAUUUUUAGCAACAGCAAAAAUAUCUACAGAUUAUAACAACAGCCAAAAAUGUUCUGACCUACACCAAAGGAACUUGUCUUCUAUUUAUAAUAAAUCGAGGAAUGUGUAUUCAGACUCAACAAGUUCUAUCAAACGAAGAAAGAGAAUUGUAUCUUCAAGCAUUAAUAGCAGUAUGUUUCCAAAGUCAGUAUCCAUAGCUGAUGUAAUUAAAGCUGGAAAACUUGUGAAACCAAACACAACUGAUAAAGUGUUGAAAUUAUUUGACAUAAAUGAGACAAAAUGGUUUAAGAGCGAUAGUAAACUUUUUCAUGUCGAAAAGGAACAUUUUGCAGAAGGAGUAUUUCGUUAUACAUUUAAGGUUUAUACAAUGGAAAAUUAUGUGAAUAAACAGUAUGUUAAUAAAAAAUUUAAAUCUUCAACCUGGAGAAAUG